AUGGCCAAAUCCAACAAGGAUCCUGAUUAUGAAGCUGAUGGGUUCGGUGAUACGCCAUCUGACAACUCAUAUCGGUGUAGCAGUGACACUGAUGAGAGCAACGCUAGUUUGCUUGAAACGAACUUAAUGCUCUCGGAUAAAUUGAUUCUCCCGAAAGAUCUAUGUGAUAGUGCUGCAGUAUUCGACGAAUUCUUCGCACCUUUUUUAUGGGAAAUGUUGCCGCCCUCAGCGAGAAGCCAUUUAUUAAAAUUUUUACCAAUUGCUCUUGGAGACCGUACAUCUGCAACAAAGAUAGUAAACGAUCUACUAACGCAUGGAAUGGACCGCUUUGGCGUAGACCCAAUCGCAGUUUUUCGUUCUAAUCUAGCUGAAGGAAACUAUCGACAAGACAUAGCAAAGCUGCGACGCAAUUUAUGCAAAUCACUCAACAAAGAGAUACGAAUGUUGGAAGUGCAGAAAAUGGCUCGCUUGUCUCAUAACGUAGUAUUGUGUAGAGAAACUACGUUUUCCAAUGAACUGCAAAAAAAUACUAACAACGUAUUGUCACAUUUUAAGCCAAAGUUUGCUUUACGACCUCGUAAGCGAUCGAGUCUACAACACCAGGAAAAAUUUGAAUUGCAUAAAUCACGAAUAAUAGCUAAGAAACGAUAUGUGAGUGAAAUUUUAAAUAUUACGGAAACUGUUGGAAUACCAUUAAGUUUGUCUGACGAAGAAGACUGCCUUGGUGCCCUACCUCCUGGCCCAGUUCGCAAGAAUCGAAGAAUGUUCGGGGGGGGUACUGGACCCUCAUCCAUAAUUGCGAACGAUCACGUUAUUAGCAUGGCAACAGGAAACGUCGGCACUGGCAAACGAGGAGUAGUCCAAGGAGGUGUGAGUAACGGAAGCACCAUUAACUCAUUUGACGGAGCAUCAUUUACCCCUCCUAAGUUGUUUGUAGUAACAGAAAAACACUAUAAUCGAUUGUUACUGCAGCAUCGCAAGCGCAAAUGGAAGGAGCCUCACCAUCCAGAAAUGAUUUUGAAUGGGCUGAAAUUAAAAGAAGUGGUACUACGUACACAGUUAGCUGCAGGGUAUCGAAGAAUAUUACCGCUUCCAAAGGUGUACAUUCGCCAAGAAAUUAAGAACGAAAAUGCUGUGGAUAGUGUGACUGACACGAUGCUUUAUUCUUUACGAGGAUUUGUCGAACUGAAGGAAAAACUGAAGGAAGAGGAACUAAAGGAGAUGGAAAUGGUUCCACUAAAAGAAGAAAUGGAUAACGAGAAACCAUUGAAACGACAAACUGUAAAAAGCUACAUUACAGAUUCCCAAAAUGCUUCGUUACAAAAUUGUGAAUCAGAUAAAAAAAUUGUAGAAAUCCAAGAAAGUAAAACGAUUGCGGGCAAGCCACUAACCGAUCUUGUUCAAAUCACGACAGAAGCCACACAUCAAGCUCCAAUAUCCUCAUUACGAAGUCGCCCACUAAUUGCAAUAUCGAUUACUGAAAGUGUCAGCGAAAAAACAGUAUCAGCAAGUCCAAAAGGCUUACUAAAUAGCACUCACUCAUGUUUUCUCUCCCUCGUCAGAGAUCUUUUCUGUACAACGCCCGAUCAUCGAUCGUCAAUGGAUGAUUUAUUGUGUAGAUUUGACGACUGGUUCAAAAGCACCGCAGCAUCAUCCAAUACAUGGUUUGUACCAACACAAUCGAAAUCGAAAUGGCAUUCGAUGCUCCAUUCAGCAGUACAGUUUCUUGCGGGAGAUUUUCCUAGUAUGCCGUUAGAUUUCGUACCAUAUAUAGAGCGCAAGGUGGUACUUAAUGUUCUUCAGUGGAUAGGAGCGUCACGUGAUGGAGAUACUCGCCUCGUACCGUUGUGUUGUUAUUGGAAAAACUUGGUUGCUGUACCCUUACCGACGUUUUUGGACAAUGUCCCCAUGACAAUGGCAUCAGCAGGGACAUUACAGACACAUAUAUCCACUUCAACCACAUCAAAUAGCGCAUUAUGUUCAUCUAGUACAAAAUGCAAAUCGACAACAGUUUGUAAUGCUAAACUAUCAAACACAUCCUGCAGUUCAUCUCCUUCGUCGUCUUCAUCCUCACUGUCUACUUUGGGUGACGUCGUUUCGUGCCCAACAGAUUCCAUGAAUUCUAUGGCAGCACAAUAUGGAAUAAUACCUGAAGAUGACGGUUCGAUCAGUGAACUUUCUGUGUCGCCACCACCACCUCGAUUCCCAACCGAUUGGUCCGUUCGGAAGGCAACGGAACAGGAAGUUCAAUCAUUUCGGGAACAAGAGCGAAAACGUUACGAGAAUCCUCAUUUGGCGUUUACCUAUCGGGGGUAUUCGUAUGACAGUGUCGUAGGACCGGUCAAAGGAAUCUAUACACAAGUUCCGGGAGUAUCAAAAGCCCGAGGUCACAAUAUGCUCGUCGCGGACCGUCCAAAUUAUGUAACUAUCCUCACCUUGGUACGCGACGCAGCUGCACGUUUGCCUAACGGAGAAGGUACUCGGGCGGAUAUCUGCGAGCUCCUUAAAUCCUCCCAAUAUAUUUCGGUUACUGCUACCGAACAAAUAUUGCAAACUAUUGUUAGCGGAGCCCUCGAUCGUAUGCACACGGAGCACGAUCCAUGUGUUAAGUAUGAUGCAAAACGCAAAAUUUGGAUCUAUCUACAUCGGAAUCGAACGGAGAAAGAAUUCGAAAGGUUACAUCUACAAUAUCAAGGUAUUACAAAACACAAGAAAUCGGUUUCUUCACUAAGUCGAUCUGCAUCGCUGUUAAAGAAACAACCAAUUAAUAUAUUGCCAACUGGUACACCUUCCAGAGAAACAAUACUUUUAAAAAAUGCAGCUACCGUAACGAGUUCUCUACCACCAAAUCAACCAAAUCAAGACAAAACUAUGCUAUCACCUUCGACUUCGACGAAAUAUUCUGCCGGGUUAGUCUUUACACCGCAUAUCAAUAGAAGUUCGAUGAGUUCAUCAUGUGAAAAUCUGGAGGAAUCACUUGAAAUUUCUAAACCAUGCCUAAGUAUUACCACCAAAUCAGUGAAUGAUGAUAGUAAUAUUAAAGUUAUCGAAAGAGAAGCAUCACCACUGUGUUCUUCGAGUUUAUCAGAGCAUAGAAUUGGUGAAGCAGCACAUAUAUACACACCACAGAAAACAAUGAUAGUUUCAGCGUCUUCCAAAGCUGCGACUAUGUUGUCUCGUGGUCAGAACAAGUUCCUGCAAAAGGAAUUGGUAAAAUCGUCUUCAUUGCCUGUUUCUACAACAUCGUUCAUAUCAUCAGAAAUUGUCAAGAAGGGAUCCUCAGGCGUAGCUGUCGCUAUUCAGCAGCUAAACAGUGCGCCGAAAAUCAUUGGCUCUGGUGCACAACCAAUAAUACCUUCAUUUUUGUCUAUGGAGUCUAGUGAGCAACCAUCGUCAGCGGCAUCUUCAAACUCGGCAACGGCUGAUGGAAAAAUCGUUAACUCCGAUAUAGAACUUACACAAACCAUUCGGUCGGCCAUGAUUGAUAAGUGUAGGAAUCCUAUCUUCAGCAAGUCUACAAACUCAGUUACUGAACAGAGUGCGGGCUCUUCGCAGUCUGCCGGAAUUAUAUUUCAAAAUCUGUCAGUAUGUUCCGUACCCUCGUAUGAUAAAAAAGGUUCACAAGCUACUACUGCAGGGAUUCUGUCAGAUCUGCCACAAAAAAUUUCAACGACCAUUCAUGGAAUGGUUCGUCCAUCAGCAAAUGUAAUUAGUACUAUAACACUGGCUAAGGAUCAGCAGUCUUUGCUAACGCCAGCACAACAAAAACAAAUCAUACAGAACCUGAUAACUCAGCAACAGGUAUUGAUGGCAAAAAAAACAAUUACUCCUCAUACAACCAUGAUUUCAUCUCCGCCAUCUACGGAAUCAUUAAUUUCGGCACCCUCUCAUUCUUACCUUGGGGAAGUAAACAAUAGGAAUAUAGAAUCAGAAUUACCUUGUAAGUCCCCUGUCAUUGAAGAUGGAUCCAUGUCAAGCAUAAAGUAUCAGCAACAGAUGCAGGAAGCGGACCCACAUGUUGUGCAACACGUUUCUUCUCAAACAGUGAAAAUCCUACAUCCACCUAGCUUGGACCCAAUUGGAAUGAUUCAAGAACCACAAGAUAUAAUAGACAAAACAAUGUCUUGUGAUACGAGUAGCUCAACUUUGUCAUUAACCUCCGGCUCACAGGGUUCAACGGGCGUUAAAAUGAUAAAAAUUCAUUCACCUACUACUUCUUCUGGUUCUCAUGCAAUUCUGGCGCCAAUCGUCAUGUCCAACAACAAUAUUGGGGCAUCGGCUCCUUUGAGUAUUGCAAUGACCGAUCCUACAAUAAUAUCGACGAAUUCAGCUACAACCUCAACUAUGCGUAUAUUGAAAACGGCAACCGGUGCGGCAACUGUGGUAAAAUCAGGUGUUUCCAGUGUGAUUGGAUUAAAGCAAGUAGCGCAAUCUCAAAACAUAAUAACUAAGAUUUGCAAAGAUAGUAUGGCACCAGCAGGGAAAGUAUUCGUCACAACUAAUACUAGUUCCGGCCAACAGUUACCUCUGGAAGCUUUAUUGCAAAAAGACAUCUUCUCAGCUAAAAGCAAAGACCAAAACAGCAUAACUGUUUUGAAAAUGUCGGGAUCCAACAACACCGGACAGCAGCACUUUGUGCAAUUUCCUUCCAGUAAUAACGUUGCAUCUGUCGAUGGAAAGAUCAUUUCUACUAGUGACGUAUCAUCAAAUUCCAACAAUGCCAAAAAAUAUACCGUACUAUCGCAACUUAAUGCACGUAACAUUAUUGCUGUUUCGCCGAUAACUAGAACUACGAAUCGAUUGUCUAGUAAUGUAAUGACCGAGACUUCAAAUCCAACAACUGUCGUAUCGUCCUUAGCAUCAGAUUCUGAAACAGAUAAUUUAAAAUCUUUUAUAACAUCCAACGCCAGCAGUAUCAACAGAUCCGGCGUAUCUUCUAGCUCUACUGCAAACGUUAUUGCUAAAGUACCUGCAACAGCCAAGUUACACAAUGCCACAAAACUCAAAAUGUUUGCCUCGAACACAUCAAAUUCUCUGAGCGCUACUGUUCAGCCUACAAGACAACUUCAUUGCGCAAACAUUAUGCAGCCUCAAACAAUGAUCGGUACAUCAGGGGCAGUCAACGAUAUUCUGAACCCAAAGCUGGUUAGUGUACGCAAUGUCGCUUCGGCGAAACUGAAUACUGCGCCAUCGUUAAGCUUUACUAAAGGCUUGAAUAUUGCCAACAUUGGAGGAAAACCUAUCAUUAUUGCGAACAAUGCAUCGUUAAUAGCGAACCAAUCCGUAGUGGUGAACUCGGGAGCAUUUGGUAAUACCUACAACUCCGGUGCAGCAUCAAAGAUGACUAAUGCAAUUAGCAAGUCUACGAUUGCUUCGACCAAUCCGAACUUUUGUAUUUCACUUGACCAGAAUACAAAGUUCAAUAAAAAGACAAAUAUUGAUUUAAUCAACGUAUUAUCUACGACGAACAAAAAUGAUGGGACAGAAACCUCUACGGUUGGUUCAAGCAUAACUGCCAUGGCUCAACCUGGUCAUACGCAAACAUUAAUACUGGGAAAUCAGUUCGUUAAGGUUCAGGCCAUGCAAACAGCAGCUGUUGGAGGAAACUUGUCCAAUCGUCAACCUGAGACGUUCGUAUCGCGUAGUGUUGUCGAUGACGAAGUCUAUUCUGAUGAUGAUAAUAUUGAAACUACUUUUGCACAUCAAAAACUUCAAAACACCACUGUGGUUGAUUCUUCAACGUGUUCUAUCGUAACCAGUAUUCCUAAAAGUUUUAUCGUGAACAGUAAUACCGGUACAACUACUGCUUCAAAAUCAGCAGUAAAAAUACAACCAGCAACGCAUAGGUCCACUGGGUCGAACGUGAAGGUUCUCGAAACAAGCUCACCGCAGAUUAAUCAACAACUCCAGCGCGUCUUACUAGCUACGCCUAGCGGCCAACUUCUUACGCAACCAAUUGUUCUUCCGUCUGGUUUUCAGACAACAGGACCUAUUAACAUUAAACGUUUGAAAGUUAUCCCUGUCAGCAAACAGAGCAAGAAAUAAUCCUAGAGUUGAAAAAAAUUGAACGAAAUUCUUGUCAUUAUCUUUAUUCAGUAGGAGAAUGACAAUUAGCCGCCAUUAACAGUUGAGUUAAAUCAGUAAACCACAUUUCGUAGAUUCAAAACUGGUGUAUAAAAUUAUUCAAAAAUCAGACUACUCCAGGUUACUUUCAAUAAAAGAAAACAAAGAUAGAAGUUCUCAAAUAAUAUUUGCGAAACAUGGAGGUAAAAUAACAAAUUAAGGUAGAAUAACGAAGUAGAUUUGCAAAAAUGACCUUGAAUAGGAAUUUAUCGCAUUGCCAUUCUAGCUUCUAGUAAGUUUGAUCAUCAUUCAUGCCGCUUCGCGUUGUUGGGGUUAAAUAGAGAUACGUAUUAUUAGUAAAAAAUACAAAUAAAAUUGCAUUGUCCGUAUAAAUGAAACACGGAGCAAACAUACAACUGGUUUUCGACCUACGUGUUUUAAACUUUUAAUCACGCAAUUUGUGAUGUGCGACUAGUUUAUAAGGUUUGUGUCAGUAAAUAAAUCACGUCGCUCAA